GCCCCUCGCUGGUCGCGCCCCGUGAGCUCGGAGGUCUUUCCCGAGCACGGAGCUCCUGCGAUCCCGAGCUCCCAAGGCAGGGAUUCGCCUCCCUCCCCUCCCGGCAGCGCCCAAACCCCUCCCUCGCCCCCCGCCCCUGCGCUCAUUGAGAACAGAUAAGGCGCCGUCACACGCAGCCUCCGCGCCCUCCCUCUGCCCCAGCCCUUCAAAAGCUCGGGACCACCACGGAUCCCUCGGAACAGGAGAGGAGCAGGGAAGCGCAGGCGAAGGAGAGGCAAAAGUGGCAGCGCAGCGGGGGAGGGUGAGGGCGCGGAGCGGAGCGGGGAAAUCAGGGAUACCCACGGACAGGGGCGUGGGCAUCCUCAGUGCCACAUCGAUGUUUGCUGCCAACGGGCAGCGGCAAGGAGGCGGGAGGCAGCCCGGGGCUCCGAGGACGAUCCCGGCUCCCUGGUGAUGGCAUGGACCGGCCGCUGCUCCCGCAGCAGCUCCCGGCCCCGCUCCUGCCCCCGGCCAGCUGCCCUCCGGAGCCCAGGCGCGACUCUGAUGCGGAGCCGCUCGUAGCAACCCAGCCAUGGCUGGAGAUUCCCGGAUCUUCAUGAACCAGGACAUGGACAUCGGGGUCACAUCCCGGGAGCCCAAGAAGAUCCCCAAGCAGGCUCGGGAUGACGUCCCCAUCGCCACGGACAGGACCCGGCUCAUUUCUGCCGAGGGCAAGAAGCCACGGCAGCGCUACAUGGAGAAGAGCGGGAAGUGCAACGUGCACCACGGGAACGUCCAGGAGACCUAUCGGUACCUCAGCGACCUCUUCACCACCCUGGUGGACCUCAAGUGGCGCUUCAACCUGCUGGUCUUCACCAUGGUCUACACCAUCACCUGGCUGUUCUUUGGGUUCAUCUGGUGGCUCAUCGCCUACAUCCGGGGAGACCUGGACCACCUGGAAGACGAGAACUGGAUCCCCUGCGUUGAAAACCUCAGCGGGUUUGUGUCGGCAUUCCUGUUCUCCAUCGAGACCGAGACCACCAUUGGGUACGGCCACAGGGUCAUCACAGAGAAGUGCCCCGAGGGCAUCGUGCUGCUCCUGGUCCAGGCCAUCCUGGGCUCCAUCGUCAACGCCUUCAUGGUGGGGUGCAUGUUUGUCAAGAUCAGCCAACCAAAGAAGAGGGCGGAGACCCUCAUGUUCUCCAACAACGCCGUCAUUUCCAUGAGGGAUGAGAAGCUCUGCCUCAUGUUCCGGGUUGGGGACCUCCGCAAUUCCCACAUUGUCGAGGCUUCCAUUCGAGCCAAACUGAUUAAGUCCAAACAGACCAAAGAAGGGGAGUUUAUUCCCCUGAACCAAACGGACAUCAACGUGGGAUUUGACACCGGAGAUGACAGGUUGUUCCUGGUGUCCCCUCUCAUCAUCUCACACGAGAUCAAUGAGAAAAGCCCCUUCUGGGAGAUGUCCCGCACCCAGCUGGAGAAGGAGGAGUUUGAGAUUGUGGUCAUCCUGGAAGGAAUGGUGGAAGCCACAGGGAUGACUUGCCAGGCUCGCAGCUCCUACAUGGACACCGAGGUACUGUGGGGACACCGCUUCACCCCCGUGCUCACCCUGGAGAAGGAUUUUUACGAGGUGGACUACAACAGCUUCCACAGCACCUACGAGACCCACACGCCCGUGUGCUGUGCCAAGGAGCUGGCCCAGUCCCGCCGGGAAGGGCAGCUCCUCGGAGCCCUGCCCAGCCUGGGCCGGGACGCAGGGACAGCCAGGGAGGACGAGGAGGACGAGGAGGAGGACGAGGAGCAGGAGGAAGAAGGCAGGGAGCCGACGGGACUGAGUGGAGCCAACGGGACAGCGGGAGGGGGGAAGGAGGAGGUGCCGGUAUAACCCCGGGCCGUCCUGGGACACGGCACCGGCCAGCCGGGAGCCGCCGGGGAGCCAGAGCUGGGGCUCGUGUCCAGCUCUGCUGCCUGCUGCUCAUCCUGGCAGUCACUGCCCUGCACCGUGCCUCAGUUUCCCUCCUCCUUCCUGAGGCGCUGAGCUUUGCCCUCCUCUGCAAAGCAUCUGGGUCUCCAUGGACAAGGCUCGCUCACUCUUCUCGUCGCUGUUAAAACCGAAAUCCCCUCCACUGGCUGUUUCAAACGGUGUGCAUUGGGCGUGCAGAGCUCUGCCCCUCCUCAGAGGGUGUCUAACCAGUCCGGAAUGUCCCAUCUCAGUAUGAAGAAUGUGAUUUCAUACCUUCACUUAAUUUGUGAGUCAAUGUAUUGUAGACAUUGUUACAGCUAAAUUAAAAGAAAAGGAAAAAACCUC